AUGGCUUGGGCCGUUCACGUCACUGAGGUCCUGGUAUCUUUUGCCGCGGUUUUCCUGCUCAUGUUCGCUGUGAAAUCCAUCCGGCCUCAUUGGGAAUACUAUCGCUACAUAAGGAAGUUCGGCGGACGUUACGACCCCUUUUACGGAUUCGUGCUCCUGCAAGUAGCCUACAGCGCCUUGAGGGAUCAUCUGCGCGGUGGCGAUCCGUACACAUCGGUAUUCCGAACUCUGAAAGAGCUGACGGAAGAAGGGAAAUCUUCAUUCGUGGUUUAUAGCGGUUUCGAAGCCAAUGUCGCCAUCUACAGAGCCGAGGAAGUCGAAGCCUUCGUGAGCCAUAGUGAGAACAUCAGCAAACCCUUCAUCAUCUACGACAUGGUCAACCCUUGGCUCAAGCGCGGUCUCCUCACGAGCACCGGCAGCAAGUGGCGCUCUCGGAGGAAAAUGCUCACUCCUGCAUUUCAUUUCAAGAUACUCGAUUCGUUUGCUGCGGUGAUGAAUCACCACGCUCGGAUACUCACGGAACAGCUCGGGUCCAGGAUCGACGACGACAUCGUGCCCCCCAUCCAGACGCUGACCCUGAAAAUAAUUUGUGAAACAGUGAUGGGGGUGAAUUUGGACACUUAUGAAAGAGAGGCCACGCGAGACUAUCUUGACGCCAUGCGGAGAAUGGGGGAGUUAUUACUUCUUCGAGUGAUCUCACCGUAUCAGUGGCCGGAGUGGCUCUAUCGGUGGACUCCGAGCGGCUCCGAAGCUUACGGGGUUGUGGCUCGGCUCCACCAUUUUAGCAAGACAGUUAUCGAGGAGAGACAAGCCUAUUUCGAGAACGAUCCGGAAGCACUGGGGAAUCUCAUGAAACUCGACGUCGACGAGUCGUUCAAAUGUAAGAAACCUUUUCUGGAUCUGUUGCUCAAGGAACACUUCAAUAAGAGGAGUCAAUUUACGAUCGAGGACAUCCGAGAAGAAGUCGAUACCUUCAUGUUCGAGGGGCACGACACCACAGCCCAGGCCCUGUCGUUCGCGUUGUUCCUCAUCGGACACCAUCCCGAAGUCCAGCAGAGAAUUCACAAAGAGCUCGAUGAGGUUUUGGGGAUCGAGAACAACGACUGCGACAUCGAUCUCGACCAGCUCCGACAACUCAAGUAUCUCGAGUGUGUCGUCAAAGAGAGUCUCCGUAUUUACCCCUCGGUACCUCUCGUCGGUCGGAGGAUUACUAAAGAAUAUCAGCUCAACGGGAAAACCGUCCCUCGAGGCAGCAACGUAUACUGCUUCAUUUUCGCCCUGCAUCGCGAUCCGAGAUAUUUUCCAGAGCCGGAACGCUUCGAUCCGGAUCGGUUUCUUCCGGAGAAAUCCGCUGGGCGACAUCCUUUCGCGUUCUUACCUUUCUCAGCGGGAGCCAGAAAUUGUAUAGGACAAAAGUUCGCCUUGCGAGAAGAAAAGAUCAUCUUAGCUUGGAUCCUGCGGAGAUAUAAUCUUCAGUCUAUGAUGCCGCGAGACGAUAUCAAGCUCUACACGGAAUUAGUGCUCCGAUCGAAAUGUGGGCUACCCGUCAAAUGCACUCCACGCUCACGCAAUUCAGAUCCUGUUCGCUGA